AUGGACCCUCAGAGAUCGUCCCAAAAAGUGUCGUUGGCCGGCGUCCUUAACCCGGAUGAUAACCGUGACUCGGCCUACUUUUCCAGCACGGAUGCGUCUAGCAAGCACAAUUCGACGGCUUCCGGCGUGGCAGUAAGCGCUCUCAGCCCUAACGGCUCAGGUUACCACUCUUCCCCGAACGACAAGACGCCUUCGCCUGUUACUGCGACCUCCGCCCUUCAGCCACUCGUGUCGCCAACACAGAGUAAUAUGAGUGUUGCCUCCAUGGUGUCCCCUACCACUCCUGGAGGCAGUGCCCACCGUCGACCUGACCGCCCUACCUCGCUUGAGUCAAUAGGAGGGUUCGAUUCCGCCAUCGUUCGCCGAGAGAGCCUGGAUAGCAGAAUGAACCAGGGAUUUAGUGAUAUGCGAUUGAGCAACUCGCCUUACGCCAGCCAUAACCAAUCCACAUCGUCCAUCCAGAACACGCUGAACCAGCAACGCAACCCGCGUCCCGGCCUGGACAGCGUCGCCGUUCACCGCAUCUCGAACGGGUAUCAGCCGAACGCUGAACGAGACCCCCAUUCCAAGCACGCCAAAACGGCACCUACCAUCACAGGCCCCACGACUAGCCAGAUUGCUCGGGCGGCCGAACCUACAAAGGGUCAGGCAUGGGCUUUCCCCGACGGGGACGAAGUGGCGAGGAUAGGGACCGGUACUUCUUACCUGGAUUCUAGAAGGAGCAGCAUCACCGAGUCCAUCGCAAGCAGCCAGUUCACGACCGAAUCCAGACUACCAGCAGGGCAGAGGCGCCUCGAGGACAACACAGACUACAACCGCCUGCAAGGUGGCUCGGACUUUCCCCCUGUUCAUCACCAUACCUUUCAGCACAGGCAAAUAGGCGAUCUCCGGGACGAGGAUGCAUCGUCGCGUACCGGGUCGCAGCCCUAUAGCAGGACCCCCGAGCUGAGAAAGAGCCACAAGCUAGCGGAGCGGAAGAGGAGGACAGAAAUGAAGGAGUUGUUCGACCAACUACGCGACCUCAUGCCCCAAGAACGAGGCGCCAAGGCGUCCAAGUGGGAAAUUUUGACUAAAGCCAUAUCUGAACAUCAACGCAUGGCCGAUGCCCUCCGCGUGAUGCAAACCCAAAAUGCGACACUAGCACAAGACAUCGAGUCGCUGCGCAGGGAGAACCAUGCAUUGGUUCUACAACUCCGGACCGGCAGCCAGCACCCACCCCCCACGGGACCCCCUCCCCCGCCCCCACCUGGCACAUAUUCGUCGGACCCCUAUGCGCACCGGCAGGAACUGCCACCACUGCGUGCCUUGAAUAGCGGCCCGCCCGUUGGCCCCGAGUCCAUGACCGGAGUGCAAUACGAGGCGCCUAGGGGAAGCGGCUACAGGCCAUCAGAGAGGUACUAG